UCGGCUUUCUUCGCGUAACCGACACUUGAAGUUUCCCGAUGUUUUCGCGAGAAUACUUAUUAACUUAUUAAAAUUAUAAUUUCGCGCGACAGAGUUUGGUGCUUAGAUAAUUAUUUGACAGUUUGUUGAGCGCCUCUGCGUAGAAAAUAACGAUUUUUAUGGCAAAAGGAAGGAAAUUAAUCACGUAGUUUUCGACUUGAAGGUGUUGUCAUGAUGAAAAUGUUCAUGAUUUGAAAAAGCUAAUCUUAGAUAUGUAAAAGUUAAUUUACAUACAAUAAGGAAAAACUAAUUACAAUAAAAAAUUUCUAAAUUUUUAAUAACAAAUUUUGUGAUGCUUAAACAAUUCCUCAAUUGUAAUGAUGCGGGAUAAUAGAUCACCAGAUGAUAAGUUUGCAGUUCUCUUCAGUCGAAGACUUGUCAAAGACGCUCGCUAGGAUUGAAGCAGGGAAUCAAUGGCGUCCGGAAGUCUCGUCUCUUUUCGAUCAAGUCGAAAACCGAAGAUCUUUUUCAACAUAAAAUGAUUAGCAAUUGAAGAAUAAAAAAGUCUGAAGAAAAUCGAAAAGAGAUUUCUUCGCUCACCAAUCUCGAAAUACUUGUUGAUAACUCUCGAGAAUCAUGCGAGUUCAAAUAAUUUACUUAUGUCUGGCCAUUGUUGGCUUUCAUACGAGCGAUUGCAUGACCUUCAUGGAUUUCUUGUACAGUAUACUUCAAGCAGGCAAGAAAAAAAUUGAUGCAAAUGGAAUUUCAUAUCCUAUGCUAGGCAGCAACGUACGAAGACAACCAAUAAUCCCCGAUAAUAUUUCGUUUCCUUGUAACGUGCGUUCUGGCAGAUCCUUAUCAAUACCAGAUAACGUUCAUCGAUUAAGACCAGGCGACAUUGAUGUGAUCGGUGGUCUUGGCGAUUCCUUAGUCGCCGGCAACGGCGCUAUGGAAGAGUUUGCUACAGGAGCCUUCAUCGAGGCACGCGGGGUCAGUUGGUGCGCCGGAGGCCAGGGCAAUUGGAGGCAGUUUCUCACGCUUCCUAACAUUUUGAAGAUAUUUAAUCCGAAAUUAACCGGAUAUUCUACCGGCACGGGUGAGUUUCAUUCAACCUCGGCGAAACUAAACAUUGCCUUCCCAGUUGCUGCUACGGAGGACGCGUUACAGCAAGCGAAAAUCUUAGUGCAGAGAAUCAAGAGCGAUCCGAAAAUAAAUGUGAAGAAACAUUGGAAGCUUAUUACAAUCUUAUUUGGAGCUAAUGAUAUUUGCUCAGCGCAAUGUUACAGUCCGCAACAGUUCUCGCCAAUGCGUUACGCCUUGCAGUUACGAAAAGUGCUUGAUUACUUAAGGAUGACGCUUCCUCGCACGUUGGUCAAUCUAAUCCCAGCCAUAGAUGUCACGGUUUCAAUUAGAGUAAAGCAAAGUGUCAUGUGCAAGAUAUUGCAUCCUCUUUAUUGCUCCUGUAUGCACAUAGGUAAUCGACCGGAAAUUGUCGCGUCGAAUAUGUCACGACUCUAUCAGCAGGCCGCCGAAACUUUAAUAUCUUCAGGAAGGUACGAUAAAUCACCGGAGUUCACUGUGGUAUUACAACCAUUUACUAAAUUAUUCAAUGCACCUAACGCAGAUCCUAAUCAUGCACCGCUUAUCGAUUCUACUUUGGUCACAUACGACUGUUUCCACUUUAGUCAAAAAGGACAUGCGCUUGGUGCCAAUCUUUUAUGGAAUAAUAUGUUGGAACCGGUCGGAAACAAAACGGAAAAUGGGUUACCUAAGAUACUGGAAAGAGUACUCUGUCCUACAAAAAGUGCACCCUACAUCUUUACGAACGUUAAUUCGCACUUUUUCCGAAUGACCGGCAGGCAAGAUGAAAUUGUGCCCAGAUAACAAAAUUUGGUAGCGAUCGAGCAUGAUUUAUCAAAAUAUUUAUACAAUGCAAUAAGACAUCGAAUAAAUUAGAUGAAAUAAUAAUACAUUACCAAUAUAUAUAUGUAUAUAUUAUUAUUCGUAUAAAAUUUCUGGUUAAAGAGAAACAUAAAUGAAAUACUAAAUAAUUUAAAUAUAAUGACAAUAUAUAUAUAUAUAUAAUAGUAUUUUAGUGAAAAUUAAGCACUUUUGUUUAUAUAUAUUUGCUAAAAUAGUGUACGAAUAAUUAUUAUAUAUCGCUAAUUAUUAUAUAUCAUUAACAAUGAUUUUAUUGUUUCUCACAUAUAUUUGAGAAGAAUGUAAUUAUCUGAAAUGUAUAAUAACAUUUUCAA